CUCUUGCGAUCGCAAAGGGAUCUAUCUAAAGACAUCGACUGAAGAAUUGCCACAAACGUGGUACAAUUCGUCAAGAAAGCUCUCCCGUUCGUUUUUUCCAUCAUGGCUCCCUCCGCAGACAGACUGGGGUACUGGGGGCGGCCAACCUCAACGCUGGAUUGGUGUGAGGAGAAUUAUGUCGUCUCUUUCUACAUCGCAGAAUUCUGGAACACUGUCAGUAACCUGAUUAUGAUCCUGCCUCCUAUCUACGGUGCCAUCCAGACGUAUAAAGACGGCCUAGAGUUCCGCUACGUCUACUCCUUCCUUGGACUGGCAGCUGUUGGCAUUGGUUCCUGGUGCUUCCAUAUGACGCUGCAAUAUGAGAUGCAGUUGCUGGACGAGCUGCCAAUGAUCUACAGCACCUGUGUCUUUGUCUACUGUCUAUAUGAAUGCUUCAAGCAAAAAAACACUCUGGGUUUAUUCCCUAUCACGUUGUUAUUCAUCUUCAGUGUCUCAGUCAGUGUGGUGUACUUACAAUGGAAAGAGCCAGUCUUUCACCAGGUCAUGUAUGGUGCACUUGUAGCCUGCUUGGUGAUGCGCUCUAUCUUCAUAGUUACAUGGGUGUACCCCUGGCUCAAACCUAUGUGUUACAUCUCCCUAAGUGUCUUCCUGCUGGGGUUUCUGUUGUGGAACAUUGAUAAUCUGGCCUGUGACUCACUCAGAUCCACCAGACAGCGACUGCCCCCUGUUGUUGGGGCGGUGACACAGUUCCAUGCCUGGUGGCACAUCCUCACAGGCCUGGGCUCCUACCUACACAUACUCUUCAGCCUCCAGAUAAGGUCAACCUUUCUCAAACACAGACCAAAAGUAAAGUUCCUAUGUGGAGUGUGGCCCAUGUUGCACAUUGAGGCUCAAAAGACUAGCUGAGUGACUGGGGACCAUGAAGGAUGGUGACUGCCAUUCAACAGGCAUCAGCACAGGGACCUGACCUGCCAGUCUGCCAACCCCCCUCUGCUGUCUAUGGGACACAUGCACCCCACUACCAGAGGGCAGGCAGGCUACACCCCAACCUACCACUCCGGGGACCCUUUGGUUCUGCACUGUGACGAUUUGCCAAGUGCAGUAUAGCGUUGAGAGUUGACAUGGAAUUAAUUAAUUAAUCUUUCAUCGAUCACAAUAUAGUAGAUUAUUAGAUUUUGGUGGUGAUGUUGUAGUGACUUUUUGUUUAAAUUUGCUCCAACAUGGAUAUUUCCUGGAAUAUGGUUGGUCUCUCUCUCGCUCUCUCUUGCUCUCGCUCGCUCUCUCUCUCGCUCUCUCUCUCAUAUAUAUCAUACUAUUGUAUCUAUCAUAACAUUCAAUAUAACACCUUAGCAUAUUCACAAACCAUAAUAACGUCAGGUAGUCUGCAUUAGCUGGCUGUUUUUGUCAUGGUUGUUUAGACCAGGUUUGUUAUCUGGUCUAGAUGAUGCAGUGUGCUGGUCACAGAUGGGACUGAAACAGAGACCGCAGGAAAAGGUUUAAUAUCAAUUACCUUGGCCAUUUAUGUCCUCUGCAAGGGCUUGGUCACACAGAAACUCUGACUUCAAUUGCAUAUAUUUGAUGUAUGCCAAGUGUGGAUCUGCAUUAUACAUGUAUUUGCAAAAUCUGAAGUUGCUCUGAGAUUGUGUUUUUGAUGAUGUACUUUAAUAUUAUUAACAAAUCGAAGGGAGAUGAUACAAUUUCAUCUAAAGAUUGUUCCACUGCACAAAAUUGAGUACCAUUUAUAUCAUAGUGUCAUUCUUUUCAUGUGUACUUAAAAAAAAAAACACAUAAAGGCUUACCUAAAAUGCAUAUAUCUGCACAAGCUUUGGUGUUGCUGUCAAAACAAGGAAUGAGGGAUGAGAAAAUAGUGUUUUGACUGACCACUGACCCCGACUGGAUCAUUUGGAGUGGUUUCUUUUUGGAUGGAUUUGCCAAUUACAUUUACAUUUUAGUCAUUUAGCAGACGCUCUUAUCCAGAGCGACUUACAGUUAGUGAGUGCAUACAUUUUUCAUACUGAUAUCAAUUGAUAUCCAUACUUUGUCUUAGCAAUGAAUACAGGUAUCUACAUGUCUGCAAUAUUUAAAUUAUUAUCAUUGUCCUGUAUUAUCCCACACACAUUUGCCCCAAGCAUGACACUUCUGAACCUGUUAGUAUCUACUGUACCACUCAGUUCAUGUAUAUCUUUUGUAAUGAUAGAUUUGGACAAACACUCAGUCCUUAUGGCCACUAGAUGGCAUGGAUUGCCAUAUUUCAGUUUUAGGUUAUAUGUUCAUUUGCCGAAGGAUCCUUUUCUGUGAAAGGUUUGCCUGCUAAACACCCUUCAGUUUUAUUUGUUUAACUCUUACGGGUCACAAAUGUAAACAUAUUGGGGAAAUGCUGUAGCUUACAAUGCAGCAUUUUGGGGAUUUGUCUAUGUGAAACUUCAUGUGACUUUGAUCUUCAAAUGUGAAAAUGUAAUGUACUUAUGUAUGGGAAUAAUAUACUAUGUGUAUCUUAAGUAAUGGAAUAACACAGAUAUGAAGUGGAUACAGAGUGUGAUACAAGAACCCAUGAACCUCAGAUAUUAUGGAGUACCUGAACUGCUACAUGCUCAGAUAUUGUGACACAUGCAUAACACUGUUUUAAUUAGGGUUACAUUCGCAUUGUUGUUGUUCUCAAACCUCAGAUUAGGUUACAAUAAUGUUUAUGUUAAGCAGCGCUAAAUAUGAAGGAGAGAUAAGUAGUUGUCAGUACAGUUGUCAUUUAGAAAUGACAAUGUAUUUAAUGACCUUAAAUCACUGCUUGUAAGAGUUGGAGGGUGAACGGUUAUUACUGAUAAGGGCGCCUUAUUUCAAGUUGCCUUGAUGUUCACGAUCAAUCUAAACUGCUUAAAUAAAAUCACCAGUGUGUUUUAGGAA